CAGAGCAAACCGGAAGUCCCGCCCCCGGACUUCCUCCUCCAGGCUGAGCCGGCUGUGAGGGGCUCGAGCUGAGGCGCGCGGACUCCAGUCCCCGGACCGAGGAGUCGCAUCGGCUGCAGGUGUCAGGUGGUGAUUCCCCAUUGCCCACCCUCCUGUCCACACUCCUGCCUUCUGCCACCGACAAGAGUCGUCAUGUCUCAGCGUCAGAAGAAUCCACGAUGCUCACAUGAUCAACGCCUUCAGGUCCAAGGUACGACCCAGGACCUGGAGGUAGCUGAGAUCUCCAGGGCUCUAGAGGAGAUCUGUCUCUGCUCCCGUCCUCUAAUGCCUGGCCAUUCGAAGGAGCUUCCUGUUGCUGGUCUGCCCAGCUUUCCUGAGGGUUCUCAGAGUUCCUGCUCAUCUUCCAUUGCCAUCGCAGCCGCCUCAUCAAGCAAAUCAGAUGAGGGCUCUAGUAGCCAGGAAGAGAAGGAUAGCACUUUCCAGGCUAUCCCAGAUCCCAAGAAUGUGCCCAGAGAUGCUCCAGCAGAGAAAGUGGCUUCGUUGGUGAAUUUCUUGCUGCUCAAGUAUCAAAUGAAAGAGCCAGUAACCAAGGAAGAUAUGUUGAAGAUUGUCACCCAGGAAUAUGAAGACCGCUUGCCUGAGAUCCUUCUGAAAGCCUCUGAGCACAUCGAGAUGAUCUUUGGCCUUGAUGUGAAGGAAGUGGAUCCCACCAACCACUGCUAUGGCCUCCUCAUCAAAUUGGGCCUCACCUAUGAUGGCAUGCAGCAUGGUGAACAGGGCGUCCCCAAGACCGGCAUCCUCAUCCUUAUCCUGGGUGUGAUCUUCAUGAAGGGCAACCGUGCCACCGAAGAGGAAGUCUGGGAAGUUCUGAAUGUGAUGGGCAUCUAUUCUGGCAGGAAGCACUUCAUCUUCGGGGAGCCCAAGCAGCUUAUCACCAAAGAUUUCGUGAAGGAAGAAUACCUGGAGUACCGACAGGUGGCCAACAGUGAUCCUGCGCAAUUUGAAUUCCUGUGGGGCCCGAGAGCCCAUGCCGAAACCACCAAGAUGCAGGUCCUCGAGUUUAUAGCCAAGGUUCAUGCGACUGACCCAAGUUCUUUCCCAUCUCAGUAUGAGGAGGCUUUGCAAGAUGAGAAAGAGAGAGCCCGAGCCAGAAUUGCAGGCAGGGCUGUCUCUACUUCCCUGGCCACUGCCCGUUCUGGGGCCGGGUCUGGCCGUUUCUCCUGCCCCUACUGAAGCCUGAGGCAGGUUCUUCAAACACUUUGUGUUUGAAGAGGCAGUUAGUGUUGCUAGAAUUUAGAAGUUAGUUCUGAGGUGGGGUUGAAAGGAGCACAGUGUAUAUGCCUAUGUGUUCCUAUAUUACAUGUGUAACUUGAAAAGCUGUUCUUUCAUUUUUUGACAUAUGUACUACUCAAACGUUGUUUGUUUUAAUAUAGAUUUGAUUAGCUUCAAAAUCUCCAAGUUUAUGAAUGAUACUGGUCAGACACUUAAUGCUACAAUGAGGUUUAACAGUAAGAGCUUUGUUAUUUUGGAAAACAAAUUGUGACACCAUCUGUCUUGUUUUGUCAUCUGCAGUAAGAUAACAUGGUAAAUCUAUAGGCUUUUACUGGAAAGGUGAAAUAAAUCAGCUUUAAGAUAGUUGGGUUCUGGAAAUGGAGAACAUUGAAAGCUUGGCUAUUUAUUGUGCUCUUAUACCUUCUAUUUUUUGUUUUAUAAAAUUAAGUUAUAUAUGCAUGAACUUGCUUUGCUUGUUUAUCAAUGUAUAAGAAAUAAAUUGCAAUAAAUUAGA